GGUAGCGGAUCGUGUUGCCAAAUGUCCAUUUUUCUUCGUCGACGAACAAGUUCUCCUGUUCCGCACUCGAUCAAGUUCGCCGUCGUGAGCCGUUAGCGAUCAGCCAUCAGCCGUCGUCAGUCGUCAGACCUGCGUGGUUGUUCUUGGGCAAGUAUUGAAGGAGGUUCGAACCCUAGGGCUUUGUCUACCCCCGCAAUCCGAAUAUAAAGGAGGUGUAGUUCAUGUGGCUCUGUGGAUUCAUUCAACCUGAGAUGUCAAAAUUUUAGACUAAGAAUCUCAGAUUCGCAGCUAUUAAUUCUUUCAGUUCUUGUUACCAAUCAUCAUUCAAUUCCAUUCAUUGCUGUCAUACAUCACUUGAGUUCAAAACCAUAGACCAAAAAACCCUAGUUUCAGAGAACCAUGACAUCAGGAAACCGAUGCCACUAUGAAGUCCUUGGCCUUCAGCGAGACUGUACCCCUGAUGAGAUACGGUCAGCGUACAGGCGUCUUGCCCUUCAGCGGCACCCUGACAAGCUUGUCAAAUCUGGCUUAUCACAAGCUGAAGCCACAGCCCAAUUCCAGGAGCUCCAACAUGCCUAUGAAGUUCUUUCUGACCCUAAAGAGCGAGCAUGGUAUGAUUCCCACCGGUCUCAGAUUCUCUUUUCUGAUCCCAACUCUGUUGGAAACUCGGUCCCCAACUCGUUCAUCCCGAAUCUGUUUUCCUUCUUCUCUACGAGUGUUUAUUCUGGAUAUUCAGACUCUGGCAAGGGAUUCUAUAAGGUCUAUUCUGAUGUAUUUGAUAAAAUUCAUGCCAAUGAAAUUAACUUUGCUAGGAAAUUAGGACUGGGUAUUGAUGUGGUUCGACAAGCCCCAGUAAUGGGCAAUUCGGAUAGCCCUUAUGCUCAAGUGACAGCAUUUUACAAUUACUGGUUGGGAUUUUCAACUGUUAUGGAUUUUUGUUGGGUGGAUGAGUUUGAUGUUAUGGCUGGUCCUAAUCGGAAGUCAAGGCGCCUUAUGGAGGAAGAGAACAGCAAGAUCAGAAAGAAGGCAAAGAAAGAGUACAACGACACUGUGCGGAAGUUGGCUGAUUUUGUCAAGAAGAGGGAUAAGAGGGUGAUUGAUAUGAAGGUGAAGAAGAAUAUGGAGAUGGAAAAGAAAAAAGAGGAGGAGAGGGAGAGGAAGAAACAGUUGGAGAAGGAGAAAAAGGAGAGAGCAAUGGCAUAUGAAGAGCCAGAGUGGGCCAAAGUGGAGGAGGAUGAAGAAGAUGAGGCUGACUGGUUUGAGGAGGGGACUAAGAAGAAGAACGCUGAGAAUGAGUUUUAUUGUGUACUUUGUGGUAAGAAGUUCAAGAGUGAGAAGCAGUGGAAGAACCAUGAGCAAUCAAAGAAGCAUAAGGAGAAAGUUGCUGAAUUUAGGGAUUCACUUGAUGAUGAAGAGGAUGUGGAAGUAGAAGUGGGAGAAAGAGGAGGAAAGAUGAGCUCAGAAAGUUAUGAAGACAGAAUUGGGGUGAAUGAUGAUAUAUCUGGGAGCACAGAUAAUGAGAUUGAUGAUUUGGAGGGGAGAAUUAAAGAUGGUCUUAAUGUUGCAGAGGGCGUGACAAGAAAUGGGGUUGAGUUGAAUGAAGAGGAGGAGGAGGAGGAGGAAGAUGAAGACGAAUUUCUUGAUGCGCAGCAUCAAGUAGGGGAGGAGGCUGGUGUCUCAAUGGAUUUUGAUGAAGAAGAGGAUGAUGAAUUGGGUGUCCUUGAAGCAAUGCUGGCUGGGCAAAGGAGCAGAAAUACAGGUGCCCCAAGGCAGGAGUGCAAGGCUUCAGUGAGAUCUCCAAAUGAUUUUAUGAAAUAUGACACCAGAAAAAAUUCAAGAAAGAAACGUGAAGCCAAGAAAGAGAAAGGAAGAGAACUUAGCGAAGAUUUUAAGGUAACUACUAGUAAUAGUGAUUUUCAUAAUGAAAAAAAUAUUGACGUUGAUGCAUCUCAGGCAGAAGAUUUCUCUCCAUACAAUGUGGAAAACGAGAGUAAUAGUAAAGAAAACGGACAGGUCAGUAUAGACAAGAAGGCUUCAAAUCCACGCAUUGAUAAAAAAGGAGCUGCGAAGGAUAAGAUAUCCCAUGGAAAAAAUUCAUCCAAAACAGGAAAAGCCAAGGGGACGUCAAAGAAUCUGGUCAAUAUCUGUGAGGCUUGUGGAGAGGAGUUUGAGUCAAGGAAUAAAUUGCAUAAACAUCUGGGAGAAACAGGGCAUGCGACUAUAAAAUCCCCCGCGAGGAAACAUCACUAGGGCCUUUUCAAUGCAAGCACAUCCAUAGUGUUCCAAAUUUUGAUUGGCUUUAAUUAUUGAUUCAUUCUUUAUUUAUAAACAUUUCCAAAUAUAUGUGAUGUAGACUUUCUCAUUAGAUAACAAUAUGAAUUUUUCGGUCAGGAAAAAAAAAAAGAUAACCAUUAGAAUUUUGAAUAUGCA